GGAGGUGGACCCACGCGCACUCACUUGCCCGCUCAGUCACUCACUUACUGCCGGUCUUUUGUAUCCAACCGCGCCGCUCCAUGACGGAACAUCUCUCUGGACUUCCACGGGGAUGAAGCGGGCGUAGAGGUGGAAUAAAACAAACGUACACGUCUUCGAGACUAACCGCCGAGCUCCGCCGCUUGUCUCUCCGAGGGUGCGCUUGGAUUUCAGACCGAAAGGUACCGCCGUUGCUCGGUGCGCCACAGCCGCGCGGAACCCCUCUUUCCCCUCGCACAUCAUGGAUGUACGUUUUUAUCCCAAUGCCGGUGGAAAUUCUAUUCCCGGAGAGCCGCCUAACCUGGAUUUCGCCCAUUGUUUGGGCUACUACAACUUUAACAAGUUCCAAAACAACAACAACAACUACAUGAACAUGUCGGAAGCUAGCGGCACCCUGCUGAAUGCUGGUGAUACCUUUCACACCCCAAGUCUGGGCGAUGAGGAGUUCGAGAUCCCUCCCAUUACGCCGCCACCCGAAAUGGAACCGGGUUUUGGUCUGUCGGACGGAGACUCGCCUUUCCCGUCAAUGCCGGAGCCUCCGGUCCAGCACAGAGGUUCCUUCAUCCCUCAGUUCCCGCCUCAGAGCCUGGAUCUGCCCUCCAUCACCAUCUCACGCAACAUGAUGGACCAGGAAGGGAUGACUCUCAGCAAUGGACAACCGGCGAGCGUCGGACCGGCCCACCUCCGCCAGUACACGGCCAACCCGGCCAUGCUGAUGAAGUCCAUCGCCAACAUGAGCGGCCCCAACGGGUUGAUCUCCCGGAAUCAGCUGACCACCAUCAACCAGUCGCAUCUCAACGCGCAGCUGAACCUGAGCAUGGGCGGACACAGCAUCGCCCACACCUCGCCGUCGCCGCCGGCCAGCAAGUCGGCCACGCCGUCGCCUUCCAGCUCUAUCAACGAAGACGAACAGGACGACGGCCACAGGGUGGUCGGCGAAAAGCGCCCGGCGCCCGUGGAUCCCGCCAAGAAGCCCAAGACUCCCAAGAAGAAGAAGAAGAAAGACCCCAACGAGCCCCAGAAGCCCGUGUCGGCUUACGCGCUGUUCUUCCGAGACACGCAGGCCGCCAUCAAGGGCCAGAACCCCAACGCCACCUUUGGGGAAGUGUCCAAGAUAGUGGCGUCCAUGUGGGACGGUCUCGGGGAGGAGCAGAAGCAGGUGUAUAAAAGCAAAACAGAAGCGGCCAAGAAAGAAUAUUUGAAGGCCCUGGCAGCGUACCGUGCGAGUCUGGUUUCUAAGGCUGCGGCCGAAUCAGCGGAGGCGCAGACGAUUCGCUCGGUGCAGCAGACCCUGGCCUCCACCAGCCUCUCCCCGGGCCUGGUGAUGCCCUCGCCCCUCAGCCAGCACCCCUCCAUGCCCUGCGCUUCCCAGGCUCUCCAGCAAGCUCUCCCCCGGGCCAUCGCCCCCAAGCCCUUACAGAUGAGACUCGGGGGCAGCCAGAUCGUCACCUCGGUCACCGUCUCCCACCAGAACAUGCCCCCCGGCAUGCCGCCGCAGAUGCUCGGCCAGAUGGGGGCGGGGGCUCAGUCGACGGCGGUGUCGCAGAUGAGCCCGCCCAUGCAGCAGCAGCAGCAGCACGCCAUGCAGCAUCAGAUGCACCUGCAGCACCACCAGAUGCAGCAGCAGCAGAUGCAUCACCAGCAGAUCCAGCAGCAGAUGCAGCAUCAGCACUUCCAGCAUCACCUACAGCAGCAGCUGCAGCAACACCACAUGCAGCAGCAGCAGCAGCAGCAGCAGCAGCAGCAGAUGCAGAUGCAGCACAUGCAGAUGCAGCAUCACAUGCAUCAGCAGCAAAUCCAGCAUCUCCAGCAAUCCCAGUGUUCCCCGCCACAACACUCCCCCGGCACGCCACAUUCCACCGCCUCGCUCGGAAGCCCCCAGCCGGCCUCGCAGCAGCAGCAGCAGCAGCAGCAGCAGCAGCAGCACCCCUCCCAAAUCCAGGCCCACGCCCAGGUCCUCUCGCAAGUCAGCAUUUUCUGAGCUCGAGUCCUUCGUCAAAGAACAGUUUGAGUAAAAAAAUAAAAAUAAAAAAAAUAAAUAAAAAAAAGCAGCAUUUCUAGGUUGCUUUUUUUCCAACGUUGCACUUAAGAAGUGUGUCAGAAUGUUAUAGAAAGAACUGUCCAUUGUUAUAGACGGAUAUG